GACGUAUGUACACAUACUUGUGAUCGUCCGUAUCUGUAUAUUAAAAUAGAUACAUAUGUGUAUAUAUAAUUCUAGUAUCGAAGAAAGAGAACGAGAUAUGUACCGUUACGUUGAAAGUACUACUACUACGUACGUAACUUGAUUAACGGUACUUGCGUUCCCGCCUAAUCUUUUAUCAUCGACAAAUUUUAACAAUAUCAAACAAGAGUGUAUAAGUAAAUAAUGAUCAAGCAUUCAAGUACUUGGAUAUUAUUCACUUUUAUACUCAAUAACAAUAUUCGCUCAUCAAUAUGCUGAGUAAUGGGGAAUGCGAUAUAUAUGAUAAAAUAGCACAUACAUAACAUGUUUAUUUGCAAACUGGUAUACAAUCAUUUUAUAUAUUUAUAUCAUCGUAUAUGAACUGCUUUGUGAAUAACUUUUCUGUAGUGUCUGUACUUCUUUAGUGUAACAAGUUUGUGCUUGUGUAAAGCAAACGGGACUAUGUUUGUAAAGUGAGAGACCUGUACGACAAAUUCGUUAAGAAUGAGCACCCGAGUAUUCGUUGGUGGAUUAACAUACCGGGUGAGAGAGCGCGACCUUGAGAAGUUCUUCCGGAAAUAUGGUAGAAUCAAGGAGGUCGCUAUGAAGAAUGGAUUUGCCUUUGUGGAAUUUGACGACUACAGGGAUGCCGAUGAUGCUGUAUAUGAACUAAAUGGAAAAGAGCUAUUAGGAGAAAGAAUUACUGUAGAGAGGGCCCGGGGGACACCUAGGGGUAGUGACCAGUGGCGCUAUGGUGACUCCCGUGGUGGUUAUGGGGACUCGAGGCGAUCUGCCCGAGACGAUAUGCGGCACGACAGAGAUAGUGUGAACAGAAACACGAGGACUGCAUCUAGCUACAAGCAAUCAUUGCCCAGAUAUGGACCACCAACGCGCACUGAGUAUCGCCUCACCGUGGAGAAUCUGUCAAGUCGUGUCAGUUGGCAGGAUUUGAAGGAUUAUAUGCGACAAGCUGGAGAAGUGACCUAUGCAGAUGCACACAAACAACGCAGAAAUGAAGGAGUUGUAGAAUUUGCUACAUAUUCAGACCUGAAAAACGCUAUAGAUAAACUAGAUGACACAGAAUUGAAUGGACGUAGAAUCAGGCUUAUCGAAGACAAGAGGCGCGGUCGUCGUUCAAGAUCUUCGAGUUCGAGAUCCAGAUCACGAUCGCGCUCUCGAUCUCGUCGCCGAUCCCGCUCCCGCUCAAGGUAUAAUCGUCGUUCUCGAACCCGAUCAAGGAGCCGCAGGAGCUCUCGUAGUCGCAGCCGACGAAGCAGUCGUUCUAAAUCAAGAGCACACUCAAAAUCUAAAUCAAAAUCCAAAUCCAAGUCCCCCGAACGUAGUCGCUCACGUUCAAAGUCAAAAUCAAGAGACCGCUCAAAGUCGAAAUCUAAGUCAAAGUCCAAAUCCAGAUCUCGUUCUAGGUCCAAGGCUGAGAGGUCAAAAUCCAGGUCGCAGUCCAAAUCAAAAGCCAAGUCUCCCUCAAAGGAUAGAUCCAGCCGCGAACGAUCGAGAGGCGACAGGUCCCGAUCUCGAUCAGGAAGCAAACAUAGCAAAAGUCACAGUCCCUCCCAUUCGCCUAUGAACGGGGAUAAAUCGCCAGAAAGCAACAAACAAAAAGUUGACUGAAUGAUGAAAGGAUUUUUAAACGGAACUUAACGCCAAUCUUCCGUUAUUUUUCUUUUUCUUUUCCUUUUUUUUUAUAUUGAUUCAUAUUCAAGAAGCCGAUUUGAUUUAAUUGAUAGCAAAUAUACAGACUCCAUGAUGUUUUUAAGCAUCAUGUAUGACGAAAAAAAAUGUGUCCUAUACAUUUUUCGACAGAAAAAAAAACAUUAAAUGCUACAGCAUUACCCGCCUACAUAAUUGGCUUGAAAGUAAUAUUAUAUUUAAUUAAACCAAUUCAGUAUCAUUGGUUCUCUGUUUAUUGUAAAUUACACAAAAACAUUUUAUAAGCCAUCUCACAAGUAUCUAGGAAAUUAAGGUUUCUUUGUACCUUAAACGGUCUCUACACAUUUUGGAUGUAUCACCGUAUACAUAACAUAGGGAACCCCUUAUAAUGGCUUUUUGUAUAUAUUCCUAAGAGUUACUUUACACUAAGAAGAUAAUAUGUGAUGUGUAUUAAAUUUUAGAAAUAAGAAACAUCGGAUUAUCAAUAAAGCACUUGUGUCAAUCCAUUUUUUUAAAUAUUCUCGCAAGUGUUCCCUUAUGUUUCUUCAUUUCAAAUGUAGUUUGGUUUCAAUGUGAGAUAACUAAAUAAAGUGCAUAAUAUUCUUCUA